GCCAAGAGGCGCGCGCCCAGUCCGCAGUCACCAGCCGUAGGACCCUCGAAGGGCGGUGCGCCGCGCGCUCAGACUGAGAGCCCGCCUCGCGUCACUUUUAACGUCAGGACCACGGGACCAAUCAGAGCCCAAAUCGAGGGCUCCGCCCCCUAAGCGUCAUCCAAUAGGCGCGGCGGUGGGCCCGUCCUAAUUUGCAUGGCCGAAGGUUUUCUCAGCCAAUGGAAGCGUGACUGGCGUGAACGACAGCCAAAGAGAAUCUGGAAGAGGCGUGGCCCUGGGCGUCCCACGAGGUGAAGAUGCUGCGGGCGGAACCUGCCCAAGCGAGCGGGAUUCGGGGGCGCUAAAGUCGCUGGGGCAGGGCGGGAAGGAAGAUCCGGAGCGGGGAAUAGGAUCUGGAGCUGGCGCCCCCAGAAUUUCCCCUCCGUGAAAAAGUGAGCAGGUCUGGACGAGUGAGGCCGGCUCCAUGUAUCCAGAAUCAACAACGGGCUCCCCAGCUCGGCUCUCCCUGCGACAGACGGGCUCCCCCGGGAUGAUCUACAGUACUCGGUAUGGGAGUCCCAAAAGACAGCUUCAGUUUUACAGGAACCUGGGCAAGUCCGGCCUGCGGGUCUCCUGCCUGGGGCUCGGAACAUGGGUGACCUUCGGAGGCCAGAUCACCGACGAGAUGGCAGAGCAGUUAAUGACCUUGGCCUAUGACAAUGGCAUCAACCUCUUCGACACUGCAGAAGUCUAUGCAGCUGGCAAGGCUGAAGUGGUAUUAGGAAACAUCAUUAAGAAGAAGGGCUGGAGACGAUCCAGCCUCGUCAUCACCACCAAGAUCUUCUGGGGUGGAAAAGCGGAGACCGAGAGGGGCCUUUCCAGGAAGCAUAUCAUAGAAGGUCUGAAGGCUUCUCUGGAGCGGCUGCAGUUGGAGUAUGUGGAUGUGGUGUUUGCCAACCGCCCAGACCCCAACACACCCAUGGAAGAGACAGUUCGUGCCAUGACCCACGUCAUCAACCAAGGGAUGGCCAUGUAUUGGGGCACGUCACGCUGGAGCUCCAUGGAGAUCAUGGAGGCCUACUCGGUAGCCCGGCAGUUCAACCUGAUCCCGCCCAUCUGCGAGCAGGCUGAGUACCACAUGUUUCAGCGCGAGAAGGUGGAGGUGCAGCUGCCGGAGCUGUUCCACAAGAUAGGAGUGGGCGCCAUGACCUGGUCUCCUCUGGCCUGUGGCAUCGUUUCUGGAAAAUAUGACAGUGGCAUCCCACCCUACUCAAGAGCUUCCUUAAAGGGCUACCAGUGGCUGAAGGACAAGAUUCUGAGUGAGGAGGGCCGGCGCCAACAGGCCAAGCUGAAGGAGCUGCAGGCCAUUGCGGAGCGCCUGGGCUGCACCCUCCCCCAGCUGGCCAUAGCCUGGUGCCUGAGGAACGAGGGGGUCAGCUCUGUGCUCCUGGGUGCUUCCAACGCUGACCAGCUCAUGGAGAACAUUGGCGCGAUACAGGUUCUUCCGAAACUGUCAUCUUCCAUCAUCCAUGAGAUCGAUAGUAUUUUGGGCAAUAAACCCUACAGCAAAAAGGACUACCGAUCCUAAGCCGCCCCGGCCCACCUGCUCGGACAGUUUCCAUCUCUCUCCUAGUCUCUGUUCGCUUGCUUAAGCUGUUCUGAAGCCAAGUGAUGAGUGUGGUUUGCAUCAGUGAGAACACAGCACGCCGAGAUGUCACCAGGGAAUGACCUCCGAAGUCGCUGCCAGACACCACCACUGCUUUGCUGGACGAUGUCGGAUUUGGGCCGGAUAGAUGGCAUUGUUGAGGAAGGACAUUCGAGUGGUCCCACCCAAGCCUGAUGCCUCUGCUCACCCUCCAAGAAGAAACCACCAAGUUUUCUCAUUGCUAACGGCCCUUCCUGGAGAUCCCCAAAGUCUAGACCACGUUGAGACAUGGUUGGGUCCUCAGGUCCUCAGGGCAGGCAGGGCUGGCCUCUCCUCUGCCAAGAACCCCCACCAGGUGUUAGGGGAGGAGAAGAGGGUACUGAUCUCCCUGGAGCCCACUCUGCCAGGGCCGUGGUGUUGGGACAGGGCCUCCCUUCUGGGGGGUCUUUCUCAACCUCCCUCUUUCUGAGGGCUCCUCAGAUUUCUCCCCACCCUUUUCUACCCCGACACCUGCCCUGUAUACCCGCUGGGUCUCAGCAGGGGCUACGCCUUCCAAGCUGGCCCUUGGCCCCCACCCCCACCCUUGCUGGCAGGGGCAGGGAUCCCAGGGGGAUUGGCUCUGCAGUUUAGGGCCCACAGUUUGGGGGUCUGAUGUCUAGCUGAGCCUCCCAGUCUUCCUCCCCAUACACAGCUGAUGACCCCCACGCCAGGAGACCCAGAACACUUGGGAGGGGUGCUCAGUAAAUCGGGCCCCUGUACAGCUUCCCCUCUGUCCUCGACACAGAGGCCUUAGUGGGACAGUGCCGCUGACAAGGCUGGGGCAGGUGGCAGCAGGCAGGACCUGUGUGCACAAGAUAUGUUCCUCUCAGUCCAUGGAGGCCCUCCUCGAAUACCACCCCAACCCCCAGGCCUCUGGCCCGUGCCGGGUGGCGGGCUUGGGUUCUACAGAGAGAACAUACUCAGACCCUUCCUGUAAGGGAGGUCCCGGCUGCAUGCCCAGAAAUCCAGGGUACUAUUCCCUCAGCAGCAGCCCCCAGUGGAGGAAAAGGCCCCAGGGAACCUCUCCCUGGAGAGGACUGACCUGGUCAUCCCCCAUGUUGCACCCCCACACAUAACACACCCAGCCUGGAGCGAUCAGGAAGUGGGCGGAAGGGCAGGAGAGGCAGGCCUCAGCCCCUUGCAGCCCGGGGCUGCAGGAAGAGAAGCCAGGAAGCCUGCGGGAUCGGGGCAGGGACAAGGCUGUGGGACUGUGUAGCCUGGGAGCCCAGUCCUGUGGUCCAGCCUUGGCAGAACCGACUCCCACCCCACCCUACCUCAGCUGGCUCUGUAGGGGACCCUGUGCCUCCUGCCCCUGGCAGGCAGUGGCCAGCCUGCCCCCACGGCCCACCUCCCCCAGGGCAGGCACAGCUGUUCCUGCUUUGCCCUAUAAAGGACUGCUGUCCUUAGAGGGCUUCUCCCUGCUGUCCUUUAGGGACCUGCUGUCCAGUCCUGGCUGGGCUGAGACAGGCUGUAAAAAAGCCACGGAAUCAAGGGGGGGGGGGAACAGCUCAGCUUCUUCCAUUACCCACUCACCUUCAGGCCUUCCCUGGAGUCCAGAACCUUUGCCCCACCACUUAGACCAGACCCCUGGGGGCUUUUCUACCACGGCCACUACAGGCGUUACUGGAAGUCGGGGCAGCGUACUUCCCAGCAGGAGUCCCAGGCCUACCUUGCUCAGUGAUGCCUGCUCCCAGGACAAGGCCCUGUGGUGGCUGGCAGGGGGAAGGCUGGCCCUGACCAGGCUGCUGCCCCCUGCUGGAAAUGGUCCGACAUGUGGCUUCCCUUGGGCGACACCCCAGAAAGCUGAGCCCCUGCUGGCUGUGCCUGCCACGCAGAGCCCCGGGGGAGCAGGGUGCAUGGCCAAGGCCCAGGCAGCCCGCAGGCAGCACUUUCAAUAACCUGGUCUGAGGCGCCCUCAUUCCACCUCCACCUGCAGGGAGGGGCCCUGCUUCCUGGGGGUGGUCCCCAACAGGGGAGGACUGCAGUGGGCGAGGGGGGAGCUGGGGAGAAGGUUCAGAGAGCAGGGGCAGAGUCUAGGAAGGGAGGUCUGGUCCCUGGUGGGGCGCAGCCCUCCAGGCAAGCUCAGGGCCGAGGCAGCGCUCUUCCCUGGACCCCAGGCCUCCUCAGCCUCUGGCCUCUCACCCUCUCUCUGAGCUGGGCUCACCACCAGGAGUGCUAGGCAUAGGAAGUGGGUCUGUCUUGGGGUAAGGUGGGAUCAGUCUUCCUCACGAAUGACAUGUGGAGCCCCCACUAUUUCUCACCCCAAACCUGCGGUCCAGUCCCAGGGCCCGGGGAAUGGGGGGGGCUCCUCCAUCCUCUGUUCUCGUCCACUCAUGUAAAUAACGUGCUUCCCUCUCCUCCGUUUUUUAACGACUGUGGUUCCUCAGCUAAUGGCUUCCCCACCCAGGCAGAGACUGCUGUUUGCCUCGAGCUUUCAAACAAGACCCCGACAGAGACACCGCCGCUGUAUUUAUGGAAUGACAAAUAAAACCCGAGUCCGUUGUC